GGAAAUCUCUACUCCCAGGCACGUACACACACACACACACACACACACACAUGCACACGCACUCUAAAGCUGACUGCAACCGAAGCCCCCGAGCACUCAGCAUCUGUGCAGCAUCUCGCUCCUUUCCUCUCCUCGCUCUCCCUCCAUCGGUGCUGACAAGCUACGCAGCUCUGACUCAUUCGCUUCUCCCUUUCCCCCCCUCUCACACCGGCUGAAGCACAGACGCUGGCAGGAUGGCCUCCAACGUGCCUUCCGGGACCACCAAAGGCAAGCCGCUCUCCCCCUUCAGGAAGCGGGGAAGCCUGCAGUACACACCCAGCACAGUGGACCUCCGUGGUACUCGCCACCUUCUCACUCCCCAGCAUUCUUUACCUGGGAUUCCCGUGGCCUUGAAACAGUCCAUUGACCUGCGGACAUCCAUGGACGGGAAGUACAAGGAAAUCGCUGAGGAGCUGUUCUCACGAAGCCUGGCAGACAGUGAGAUGCGCAGCGCUCCUUAUGAGUUCCCAGAGGACAGCCCUAUAGAAAAACUGGAGGAGAGACGCCAGCGUCUGGAGAGACAGAUUAGCCAGGACGUCAAAUUUGAACCAGACAUUUUGCUGCGAGCCAAACAGGAGUUUAUGAAAACCGACAGCGCAGCUGAUCUUGAGUGA